UCCACCUCUGCACACAACAGCAGCAGCAGCAGCAGAGGCGGCGCUAUGCACCCGGCUGGAGCCCGCAGAAACCCGCCUCAGCAGUGCACACUCUCCUGGCUCAUUAACCUGUCGCUUGUGUGAGCAGCUACGUGACGGAUACAUCUUUGCCUAUAACUGGAAAUUAGAACAUCGGCCACUACAAUUGAUCCAUUAUCUAUUUAUUUAGUCUGGCUUCUGGUUGGGGACCGUUUGUGUUGCCAGGGAAGAGAAAGUCCGAGCAGCCAUGAGAGUUCAUCCCAUAUCUGCCAGAUCCUUCCUCAACCACUUCUGACCAAACCAGAUUUAGCAAACUAAAGAUGUCAGCGUGUGGCGACUUUGCAGAACACGUGUGGAAACCCGGCUCUUGUAAGAAUUGCUUCCACCCACUUAGUGCGCACAAGACUGGCAGCGGCCUGGGUGGCAGCGUGCCAGUCGCUUGUUUGAAGAGCAAUACGGGAGGUGAUGAAGAUGCUGGAGUAACAACACCUUCACCCUACAGCAAGCCAACCAUCGCUGUCAAACCCACUAUGAUGAGUCUUGACACCAAUGAGUCGACUGAUGUCAACAUGAACAUAGAGCAGGAAAACACAAAGAGCCCAGUUGAAUGUUUGGGCCUGAAGAAGCUCUCCUUGUAUAUUGAUAAUAAUGGCUGCAAUGGCUGCAACAAGGCCCAUAGAGAUGCUCUCCCGCAGAGUCCUGAAACCAAGAUGGACUACAACAAAUCUUUUUCAUUAAGUCCCUUGUCCCCCAAUAUCCUGCCCAAAGACUCCAUGAUCAUUGGCAAUAUCUUUGUAACCCAGGAGGAGGGUAGAGGUUUUAAGAAAAAUGCCAAUGGAGAUAACCAAAGACACCAGAGUAGCAUGACUGCUAUCAGAAACAAGAGCACUUACAAUGGAAUUAGUAUGACCACCAAGACAAACUAUCAGGAAGCCCAUCAGGUAUCUGCGGAGAUACCUUUGGGGAACGCUGUUCCUUCUGGCCCUGCCUCACGUCAUUGUAAUGGUACGAGCAGUGGGAGUACUGCUACUCUUAUCAAUAAGACCUCCAGCCCUUGUACCACUUUCCCCAAAACAACUUUGAGUGUGGAGACCAGUAGACACAGCCCCCCUCCAGCCCUACAGUCUACUCCCAUCCUGUCAAAACAGACCAGCCUAUCAGACUCCUCUUGUUCUUAUCGUAGUAGUACAGAUUCACUUCCUGGGGCAGAGGGGUCAGGAGGAAAACAUAUCAGGUCAGAGAGCCCACAAAGCCCCCCAGCCACAGGUAGCCCACAGUCGUCUCCCAGUUCACCCAAUGGACGGCCAGACUCAGAACCCAUUUACGCAGAGAGCACCAAGAAAAAGCGCAGGCCGCAAGGAAAUAAAGUGCAACUCCAUCCCGAGUCCCCAAACCAGAAUAACAACUCUUCCUGCUCUGAGCCUGAGCUCUCAGCAGAGAGUCAACGGGCCACUAUCACUGUAAUGGCUGCUCAUACAGAAAAAAACAACAGGACUUUCUACCUGAGCAGCCCAGACUCGGCUGUCAGCACCCAGUGCCAUUUUAGUCCUCCAGCACGUAAGGACUCCAGUAGUCCAGCCUUCUGCUGGCCUUGUCCCAGCCACAGUUCACCCUCUCUAAACACAGAUGCCAGCCCAACCCCAUCCCUCCACCCCAAGCCUCAGUCUAGUCCACCAAUUCCACCAAAGAGGAACAUCCGCUCCCCCAAACUGGGCACCUCCAGCCUCACACCAUCCAUGUCUUCUCCAGUCCCUCUUCCUGAACUCCCCAAACUGGGCACCUCCAGCCUCUCAUCAUCUUUCUCAUCUCCUGUCCCUCUGCCGGAGCUCCCCAUGCUUUUCCUUGUUUCUGCUCAAGAGGGCCACUUCAAGGUUCAUACAGAACACCAGAGUGUGGCAUCUGAACGCUGGCACAAGUCAAACCACCACAGUUCUGCAUGGAAAUGCCGUAUUGAGGAAGAGGAGGAGGAUGAGGAGAGAGAGCAGAAAAAAGUUGAGAAGAAGAAGCUAACCGGCAAUCCAAGGACAACUCGGGUGACAGGCCUGGUCAAUGGUGCCACUGUCUGGAAAGAGGCCAGGGACUGGAAGGCCCACAGCAGCCCCCCUCCGAUGACGGAGCCAGGCACGGCCCCCCCGUCUGCCCCCAACAAUGGUGCCUGCCAAGGGGAAACUGAAGGCAUCGGUGCAGAGGAAGAAGACAAGCAUAACGGGAGCAUGCCAGCCAAGCAACCAUUGCAUGGUGGCUCAUCAGAGCGGCUGACAGCAGGGAAAGGGACUGCGAAUAAUGAGGCCAAUCCACCGCCUCCCCCACCAAAGAAACUGCACAGGGUGUCCGGUAAGAUGAGUGGCAGCAACAUAGAGCUAGAUCGCUGCAGCCAACACAAGUCAGAAGACAGUACCACUUCUUCUCUGUGGGGCCUGGGCAGUUCCAGCCUCCCCGCCGCGUCCACUGACAACCUGACUGCCGACUCUGAUUCCCGGGAUGCUACUCGACGGUCUUGUUCCUCUCCGUUUGACAAAAGUCCAGUGGCCUCAGCUCCAGGAUCCCCUCACCCACCCAGCCUCAACAGUAACCUGCCGCCACCUCUGCCAGAGAAAAAAAUGGUCAACCGCACUGUGUCGGCUCCCGACAGCACAAACGGAAAACCUUUCGUCCGAGCCUACCCGCGCCUUCCGUUCACUGGCUCAGAGACCAAUGUGUGUCGGUCUGCUGAGGUUGGCUCCCGCUCCAGUUUACCGUCCAGCCCUGUUGAUCCACGGCCCAUUUUCUCCUCCAACGAAUCUCUGGAGUGUUGUCAUGUGCCGCCGGGCAGGUCCUCGAGGUCCCGGACACUGGAUGAGCCGCUGAAGACUCACGGGCGUCUUGGCGUCCACUGUCGAAGCAGCAUCACCUGCUCCUCUUCUCCUCAGCUCAGCGUGCCCUUCUCAGCCUCAGAAACGGGCCCAGCACCAAAUAUGGGCUCCAGCCUGCAGCUGCAGACUCUCCUGAGUAACAUUGACAGCAGAGAGGGAGUGUACUCCAAACUGGGAGGCCUCUACGCAGAGUCUCUCCGGCGCUUAGCGCUUAAAUGUGAGGAUCACUUCACCCGCUCGCAGAAGAACCCACUGAGGUUUGAGGAGAGCAACUGGUCUCUGUUCAGACUUACAUCUAACAAGCCAAGCUGCAAUUCAGGAGAUGCCGUGUACUACUCUGCUGCAUGUGCCUUGGACCACAGCAACGCCUAUGCUGUAAAGAUCUGUAAGAGUCCAUCCAUGGAGGCCAAACAGAGCCAACUCUAUGGUUUGUCAGUACAGCAGACCAUACCUCCCCACUUCAACCUCCAGCAGGACUGCGGACACUUCAUUGCUUGUGUCCCCCAAAGCAUGUUGCCCUCUGAUGAAGGAUCAGUUCGCACCACGGCAGUUUCCUCCAUGCCUCAGCCACCCAAGUCAGCACCAGGUCAACAGGCUGAGCGCGAGCGAGUGGUGGUCAUCACCUCUGAGAUCCCCCAGCAGACAGCAGCUGACUUUGCCCGGGAGUGGGCGGCAUUCCAUAAAACUCAGCCGGAAGUCUACGAACGCCGAGUUUGCUUCCUUCUCCUGCAGCUAUGCAAUGGCCUGGAGCACUUGAAGGAGCAUGGGGUUACUCAUCGUGACCUCUGCCUUGAGAACUUGUUGCUGGUGCCUCAUCAACGCAGGCCUUCCCAGUUCCCCCAACAUAUCCACAGUGACAACAAUGCCAAUAGUGUAGACAAUCAGCGCCACCUUCCCCGGCUCCUCAUCAGCAACUUUGCCAAGGCCAAACGUCGCUCCUCUGAGGACGCUGCCUCAACUGGCGUGGACUCCCGUUUUAAACGCGACCACGCCAGGCUGGCGCCUGAGAUCGUCUCGGCUGCCCAGUACCGCAAAUUUGACGAGUUCCAGACAGGAAUCUUGAUCUACGAGCUCCUCCACCAACCUAACCCAUUUGAAGUGAGUCCAGCACUUAAGGAACAGGACUACCGUUGUGAGGAACUGCCCCACAUCCCCUCUGUCUCCCUCUACUCAGCCGGCCUCCAGAAGCUAGCUCAACUCCUGCUCCAACCCGACCCAAUUAAACGAAUCCAUAUUCAGGAGGCUAAACGCAUACUGCAGAGUCUGCUGUGGGGGCCAAGGAAGGACCUGAUGGAGCAGCAACUGGAAAGACACGGACAGGGAGGAGGAUCCCGACACGAGGGCCUCCUCAACUGGCUGGAUGUGAAACGAGCCCUGCUGAUGAUGAAGUUCGCCGAGCGUUCACUGGAGCCCGAGAGGAACGCAGAGCUUGAGGACUGGUUGUGCUGUCAGUACUUUUCCUCAGCUCACCCUCUGUCUCUCUGCCACACUGCUGAGUUGCUUUAUUCACUAAAGUAGCAGCUUACACUGGGGUUACCUUAAGUUAAUGUCUCGUCACUAUGGGUGAGUCCACACGGUGUGAUCCUCUGGAGGUAACGGUGAAAACCCCCUACAGCGUAACCGUCCACUCUGAACCUGUAUGUGAACAGUAUCCCGUCAAUGACCUGAAUACUGUCACAGACAUGGAAGGAAUUGCAAAAACACUCUCACACAGAAACCAGAAUGAUUUUGUGCCAGCGAUGCUGUUAAAUACAAGGCCAGAAGGGCAAGAAUAUGGACAAUUUUCAUGAUAACGUACUUACCAAAGUUUCUUAAUUGACACUGUAUUUUGUGUAUUUAUUACGUCAACUGAGAUAUUUUACCACUGAGAACAGGCUAAAACUUCAUAACCGUACUCUGCGUUAGCCAGCUUUGUAGGUCGUUGCUGUGUCUUGUAUAAAUGUGCAGCUCAGUUUUUGUUUUCUUUGCCUAUUAUGGUAAUAAAAAUGAGGUCACUAGCUGACUUCAAAGUGUUGUACCACAGAUAAUGCCUGUUCCUCCAGAUACUGGUUUAUUAGUUGGAAUAAUCAAGGCAAUGUUCUGUAAAUGUGUGUUACCUCAGGCUUUGUUGGACAGCGCUGCAACAUAAAUGGACUCUGCAUUGAUUGAUGCUAAUCCGUACCGUCUAACGCAACUUUGUGUGAAUUCAUUUGGCAAAAUAGCCUUUGACGCUUUGAUUGCUUCCACUAAAUGGACGACACCCGUUUUUUUUUCCCCUCGUGCUUACUUUUACUGUAUAUUUAAAUGUUUGACAUUCGUCGGGGUGCCUUUUGUCCCUUGUUUACGUUACAGUGACUCAGACGUCAAAUGUAAAUAGUAUUGAUUAUUGUCUUUGGUGAAACUGGCCUUUCACAGACGGCUCUAAAAUCAACUUUGUACAGAUAUUUGUAGAUGAUAUGAGAAAGAAAAUGAGCCCAAGCAGGUCUUACAAAGCCAUGAAUAUGAGCAGCAGUUAAAACAAAAAUAUUUAUGAUAUCAUUUGUUAUCCUGUAGUAGUCACUGGAAUUUCUACAUUUAUUUUCAUAUGUGGAUUCUUGAAUUUUUGCUUUUUUGGCACAGCAUCAGCUUGCCCUCUAUUUUUUUUCCCUUCCAUGUGCCAUGUAGGCUGCAUUUUAUCUCCAGCAAACUAUCAUUUCCUAAACGUCCAGAGUGACAGGAAUCAUCGCGCCUGCUUGCAGGUCCACGUCCAUCACUCAUGUUUCUCCUAUUGAAGAGAAAAAGAAACUGCCUGAUCUCACAACUAAUCCAUUAGUUAUUUGAAUUCUUUUGUUUGCCUCACUUAUUCGCAUCUAUCAAUAAACUGUGCAUAUAUUUUCUCACAGUA